AAUGUCAUCGUCUGUAUUAAUUGCUUUGUUACUACUGGUAGUGGCGAAUCCGCUUAGAAGUUUCAACAUCUACGGGAAGACGUCGAAAGUGCAUCGUCUAAAACCAACACGGGACUCAGCAGACACGCUGAUUCUACAGUUUUCAGAUAUUCAUUAUGACCCAGUAUACAAAAACUACUGUAACACCACCAGUGACUACGGUGAAUACGACUGCGAUUCUCCGCUGGCACUAUUUGACCAAGCACUCAAAUCCGCCAAAAUAGUUACGUCAGAAAUUGAAGGAAAAACGUCGCCACUAAUCAUUCUCAGUGGAGGCUAUGCGCCUCACCGAAAUAAUUACAAGAUUGAAGAGUUAACGCAAUGGAUCACUGAGAUAUUUUCACACGUCAAAAACAUAUUUCCAAAUAGCACAAUACUGCCAGUAAUUGGACAAUCCGAUCAGGCUUUGGCUUCCCACCCAAGCAAUGCUAUCACCAUAUAUGAAAAUCUAUACAAAGCUUGGCAGAUGUGCAUAGAUAAUUCAACCAGAACGUCAUUUCUGAAAGGUGGCUAUUAUUUAUAUGAGAUGUCAAGAACAAUGAGCAUUCUUGGACUGAACACUGGCAUUUACACAACUGAAUCCUUAACGCAGCAGCAAGACGACCCAUUCGAACAAUUUCAGUUCAUUACUGACUCGCUAGAAAGUGCCCAAAAAAAUGGGAAAUCUGUCCACAUUAUUGGACACGUGCCUCCUGGCUUUUACGGGAAGCUUAUGCUGCUAAAGUAUGAAACAAAAUUGCUCGAGAUAAUAAGAAAAUACAAGUCUGUCAUCAAGACGAUGAUCUUUGGGCACUUGCAUGCAGACACUUUCCAGAUUGUUGACGCAAAUAGUCAGAUCAUUUGGAUUGGACCGUCUUUAGCGCCAAGAGAUAACUAUCUACGUACUGGAAAGAAUAGCCCUGCUUUCCGAUUGUUUAGUUAUCAAAAUGAACAAGACUUAUUAGACAUUGAAACCUUCUGGGGUAAUAUUACAAAACUAGCCAUUUAUGAAGAAUACUCUUAUUUCGACAAAGAAUAUUCCGUGAAAAGGGAAUAUGACCUUGGUCUGUUUGAGAAUAAUCUCCAGUGGAAAUCCUAUUUAGAUGCGCUAAACGCGGAAUCAUUAAGAAACACAACUGUGAGAAUGAUGUAUGACGAGGAACUCUUCAUGCACUACAUAUCUCACACAUGCCCUGCUUGUGCUAUUGCAACAUACGACGGCGGCAGGAGAACGCAGCAGAUUUGUCGGUUAUUGCACGUUGACCAGGAAUCCCAUAAACAGUGCCUCGAAAGCGUGAUAGAGCCGCAAAGAGGUCUUAAAAUAACACUCUCCAAAAAGUUCGAGGCUAAAAUUCGGAAGUUACGAAAUGUCCGUUCCAGGCAGAUAAAUAAUAAGCAGCAGAAGUAGAA